UUCCGUGUUCCGAGGUGGACCUCCGGCAGCUGUGAGUAGUCGCUUGUGUGUAUCUGCAGAUCCUCUUCAUCUUCAUCUUCAUCAUGCGCUGGUUUGAGGGCUCGAUCCCGGCGGCCAUCGCGACCGCCAAACAGCGCAGGAGUGUGUUCGUGGUGGUGAUCACAGGCAGUGAUGAUCAGUCCCGUCAGCUGAUCUCCAGUUGGGAAACUGCUGGUGUGUCUGAAGUGGCCCAGAACUGCUGUGUAGCCAUUCGAGUGGACGCUCAGAGUGAAGCAUGUGUUCAGUUCUCCCAGAUCUAUCCGGUGGUCUGUGUCCCGUCCAGUUUCUUCAUCGGGGAGAACGGGAUUCCUCUGGAGGUGAUCGCAGGGAGUGUGACGGAGGACGAGCUGAAGCGCAGGAUCAGCAGAGUCAUACAGAUGCAGGGUCAGCAGACAGAUGCAGCAGAGGUACACACACAGACAGCAGAGCAGACGGCCGUCUCUCAGCCACAGGAAGCUCUGAACACCACUUCCUCCAGCGCCGCCACCAGUAAAGAAUGCCUGUCUGUGCGGAUGGAGGAGGGCGGAGCCUCAGGAGCAGAGGUGGAGCCAAAGGUGGAGGCGGAGAAGGCAGAAGAGCAGACGGGAGAGGAGUUGGAAGUGAAGGUGGAGCGAUUAACAAAGAAGCUGGAGGAGCGACGCGAGCAGAAGAAGAAAGCAGAAGAGGAGAAGGAGAUCCAGAAGGAGGUGGAGCGCCGCAAACUGGGGAAGGAGAUGCUGGAGUACAAGAAGCAGCAGGAGGAGGAGAAAACCAGACGCCUGCUGGAGGAGAGAAACCGAGAGAAGAUGGAGGAGCGAGCAGCCCGAGAGAGAGUCAAGCAGCAGAUCGCACAGGACCGAGCGGACAGAGCGGCUCGUUACGCUCAGACCCAACAGGAAUUGGAAGCAGCUCGAGUUGCAGCACUGCAGGCAAAAGCCGCUGAACAGGAAGUCAAGAGAGACGCCACACAGAGAGAGAGGAGUGCUAUCGCCAGGAUCCAGUUUCGUCUGCCUGACGGAUCAUCCUUUACUAACCAGUUUCCCUCAGAGACUCGUCUGCAGGAGGCCAGACAGUUUGCUUCGCAGGAGGUGGGGAAUCGCUACGGUCAGUUCACUCUGGCCACCAUGUUCCCCAGGAGAGAGUUCACAGAUGAAGACCUGCAGAGAACCCUGCUGGAGCUGGAGCUCACACCCAGCGCAUCUAUAGUGCUGCUGCCGCAGUGGAGCGGUGCGGGUGCAGCAGUGGUCCGCUCCUCCUCCUCCUCCAGCUCCUCAGUGUGGGCCGUGUUCAGCUCUCUGCUCUUCCCUCUGCUGGCUGUCUGGAGGUUCAUCAGUGCUCUGCUGUUCAGCCCUACACACACUCCAGCUGCGGGAACACACACCAGAGCAUCCCCCCCCACGGCCACCGGCUCCAGCACAGAGCCACAGAGGGAUGCGGUCCGCAAGCGUGUGCUGGAGAAGAGACCCGAGGACUUCAAGAAAGACGGUAAAAUCUACCGUCUACGCACGCCUGAAGACAGCGAGGACGACAACAACACAUGGAACGGGAACUCCACGCAGCAGAUGUAGAGCGGUGUGUGUGUGUGUGUGUGUUCUUCGUCCCCCUCCCGCACGCGUCGCUCUAAUAUAAACAGGGUGUGAGCAUGGCUUGGCGGACUGCCGAGUGUAUGUAUGUGUGUGUGUGUGUGUGUGUGUGUGUGUGUGUGUGUGUGUUAGCGGAGCGCAGACGCAUCUUUAACUGUAGAAUCCCAGCAGAUGAUGAGUCCAGCACCGCCGCUCUCUGACCCGCUCCACCAGACCCUGAUUCAUUGAUAGCAAACUGCCCAGACUGCUCAUCUGCGCGCUCUGCUUUCUGUUCGGCUCAUCAGGUCAUGUUUUGUAACUCAUAUUAAAGUAUUUUGGGUUCCUUUCA